GAGACAUGCUAGCCACUCGUAUUAUCUAGUCGUUAUUGGAUGAGUCGUCGAAGAAAGCUUGCGAGUGGUACGCACCCAGGCUCCCCAAUCACGCGCUUGUGUACGUUCUAUCCUAUCCAUUCCAAGCGCCCGCCACACAAGCAGAAACACAGGCGGGAGAUGGGGUGCUGAGAGGAGAGCUCCAGGAUCCAUGGCGCCUGUGGUGACCGCUGCGCUGGGCGCGUUGGCCCUCUGCUGGGGAAGCUCGCUGAUUUGCUCGCCGGCGAGUGCAGCCGCCUGAAAGGGGUCCGCCGAGAGAUCCGCUCCCUCCAGUCUGAGUUUAAAGGGUUUGAUUCACCAAAAUUCAGUAUAGAGCUGCAUCAUGGUGGUUUCUUCAUGGGGAAAGGAAAUAACUUGGCAUAUUUGGAUGAGAAAUUAUCAUUGUUUGAUAACCUUGACAGGAACACUUUCUGCAAUGAUAUGAUUGACUAUAUGCUUCAGCAGUUAAACUAUGCACUUGAUCAGCUAGAAAUUGGGUUAUGGUGCCCACCUGGUAAAACAGUAGCUAAUAUGGUCCCAAUUGACUUUGAAUUUGACUGUCUCAAGAUGGCAAGAGCUUCUGUGCAUUCUAAGGAACUUGUUUUAUUUGUGAAUCAUGUGAAAAGAAGUGAGGAAGAUGACAUUGCCUAUAGGGCUGGGCCUGAACUGCCUCGAGUAAUACUUAGCCCUAUAAGCAAAGAUAAAUUGAGGCACAUGAAAUCAGAGAGCACAGAAGGUAUUGUAGAUAAUGCUGAAAAUUCAGGAAAAAUGCUAGAUUCAGGUACUGUAGAGGAUCCUGAAAAUUCAGAAAUUUCAGAUAACUCAGAAGAUUCAGAAGAGGACUGGGAAUGUGAUUCAGGGACUGAUCCUACUUGGUAUGAUAGUGAUUAUGCAAUGGAUGAAGAUGAUGAUUUGUAUGACAAAAAUGUAGAUGAUGCUGUGAAGGAUGCAUUGUUUGAGAAGGGGAAGCAAAUAGGAGCUGAGUACAGACAUGUUCCAGGCACAGAUGAUGUCACUGAAGAUGACUUAAAGCUCCCAGAAGAGGAAGAUUUGGAGAAAAUGCACAAGAGUGACUCUGAUGAUGAGGAGUACAAGAAGAAGAAAAAGAAAGAGAACCCCAUAUACAAGUUCAAAACAUUUAACCCAUUUGUUGACAUUGAAAAUCCUCAAUUCAAACUAGGGAUGGUCUUUGAUUCAGUUGAGCUAGUGAGGAAAGCAGUAGCACAUUAUGCAGUGAAGAAUAGAGUGCAAAUCAAGAAAAAGAGAAACAACAAGCAGAGGUUUGAGGCAAUAUGUUCAGAGGGAUGCCCUUGGAAACAGGUGGCUGUGGCAGAUAAUAGGACACAGUCCUUUCUUGUGAAGACAUUUGUUGGAGAGCACAACUGUGAGAAGGUCUGGGAUGUGAAAGAACUGACAGCCCCCUAUCUGGCAAAGAAUUAUGUAGAGAAGUUCAGAGACAAUGACAAGAUGUCAUUGUCUACAUUUGGAAGGAAAGUGAGGAAGAAAUAUAACAUGGAAGUAAGUAGGCACAAAUUUGGGAGAGCUAGGAAAGCAGCAUUGGAAGUGGUGCAUGGGGAUGAGGUGAAGCAAUAUACACUUCUCUGGAAAUAUGCACAGGAAUUGAGAACUAGCAACCCAGGAUCUUCUUUCUAUCUGAACCUAGAGCAUGGAUUGUUUAGCACAUGUUACUUUAGUCUUGCAGCUUGCAAGAUAGGGUGGCUCAAGGGUUGCAGGCCCAUUAUAUGCCUUGAUGGCACAUUUAUAAAGACAGAAUAUGGUGGUCAGUUGCUAACUGCAGUAGGUAUCGAUGGGAAUGAUUCUAUCUAUCCAAUUGCAAUGGCACUGGUGGAGACAGAGUGCCAUGCAUCAUGGUCUUGGUUCCUAGCUACACUAAAGCAAGAUCUUAAUAUUCUAAACACAAGCAAUUUCAGCAUUAUGAGUGAUAAACAGAAGGGGCUCAUCAAAGCUGUACAGGAGCAUUUCCAUGACUCUGAGCACAGGUUUUGUGUUAGACACCUAUAGAAAAACCUACAUGCAGUACACAAGGGAGAGACUAUCAGACAGCAACUCUGGGCUUGUGCCAAAUCUACCACACCAACUAUUUUUUAGCAGAAUAUGGAGAACCUAAGCCAAGACAAUCCUGAGGCAUAUAAAUGGUUCGAGGAGAAGCCACCAAAUCAAUGGUCAAGGGCAUAUUUUGAUGUAUUUCCAGAAUGUGAUAUUCUUCUUAACAAUACAUGUGAAGUCUUCAACAGGUACAUCUUAGAGGCCAGAGAGCUACCAGUCAUGUCUAUGUUUGAGAGAAUAAAAUCUCAGAUCAUGCAUAGGCACAUGACAAAGAAAAAAGAAGCUCUACAAAAAUGGUCAGGGAAUAUAACUCCCAAAAUUAGAGACAAGCUUAGGAAGAAUGUGGAGUUGUCAGCAAACUGCCACCCAGAAGAAUCAGGCAUGGGUGUCUUUGGAGUUUUGUCAAAUGAGAAAACCUACAUAGUGGAGCUGAACAUGCACACCUGUACUUGCAGAAGAUGGCAGUUGACUGGAAUUCCAUGUAGCCAUGCAUGAGCUUGCUGCAGACACGAAAGAAUAAGGCCUGAGACUAUGGUGUCUUCUUGUUACUCAGUGCAGACAUAUCUAUGUGCUUAUGGAGUCCAGGUGUAUCCAACUAGUGACAAAGAUGAGUGGGCUCCAAUUAAUGAUGUACCUAUAUUGCCACCACAUUACGAGAAAAGAGCUGGGAGGAGGAGGAAGAAUAGAAGGCAACAACCAGAGGAGAGUGAGGAUGGCACUAAACUCAGCAGGCAUGGUGCUAUUAUGCAUUGUGGGUAUUGCAAAGCAGCUGGGCAUAACAGGAGUGGAUGCUCACAACUGAAAGCUGCUGUACUAAGAGAAGUUGUAGAGGACGAGGAGGAACAGGUACAAAAUGAGCAAUCAGCUGUAGAGCAACCUAGUGAGAGGACAGAGCAACCUAAUGAGAGAAGCACAGCUACAGAUCAACCUAGAGCACAUAGUUCCAGGGGUAGGAAGAGAAAGCCAACUGACAAAAUGAGAGAACAGGUAGAAGAAAUGAUGGAAAAGGCAAAAAAGAAGAAGUCCAAAAUGGUUGUUGAUGCCAAUGGAGAUGCUGACUACCCGGUGAUCCUAACUCACAUCCAGCAGAGAUGUCUGAAUCCACAAUUGGACCCAACACAACAAAAAGAUAGCAUGGUGCACAUUCUAUCACAUGAGGGACCUGCAAAAGGAAUUCCUGUUUCUAGGAUGCACCAAAUACCAGAUGAAUCUACCUUUGUAGCACAGCAUAGAGCCAACUUACCUGCUGCCACAUUUGUUGCACAACCAGCACAAGGCCCCCCACAAGGCAGAGGAAGAGGAGCAAGAGGAGCAAGAGGUUCUGGAACAGCAGGCAAAAGUAGGGGUGCUGCACCAGCAGGUAGAAGCAGAGGACAAGAGGUGUUUCACCAGCAGCCAGAGGAGGAAGAAGUGUUGCACCAGCAACCAGAGGAGGAAGAGGUGCAGCAAAGAGAACUUCAACACGAGCAAGGGGUCUGGGAAGAACAAAGAAAACAACUAAAACAAGGGGAAUGGAGUGGCUCCUGUUUGGUGAAGGAUCAAGCAGAAAUGCUCCAGCAGAUGAACAGGAGCAAACAGAAUUCCAAUCUACACAAGGAGCUCUAGCAACUCCUCCAGCAGAUGAAGAGUGAAAUGCUUUUAUUUUUUUAUGUUGUAGAACUAUGGUACUUAAGACUGCAACAUCUUUUGUGAUGGCCUUUUGGUACAAAACUUAAACUUGUUAGCCCUAUGUAAUGGUAUGUUCGUAUGUUGCUACAAAACCGAAACUUCCAGCACUUC